AUGAUCACACCUAAAGACGACGAACAAUCUAUCCUCUCCGCAAUCGAUCGUUUUGUCGCUUGCCUCGGCGAGGACAAGGCCGCCGUCGCUACUUGCGUCGACCACUACAUUAAUCUCGAAACCAACGCAGCCGCUCGCUUCAACAUCGUCACUUUGCGCGCGCGACUUCCCGUCGACGCCGUGAGCAUCAUCGCCACCCACCACAACCCUUCUACGUGGAUUCCGUCCAAGACAUGCGCCAAACGUACCGUUAAUGACGACGACCUCGAUGAUACAAAUACCACGCUGAACCAAUCCGUCCCCCAGCCUGCAGCCGCCAGCUCGGAAGACAGCCAAUCGCCCCAGAAAGUCGAGCAACAGUCCCCGAUUGAGGCUGACCCGUUGGACUGGGACCCGUUCGAGGUUGACCUGCCUCCACAACCCGAUCGCUCUGUGGCCCACAAUCUGUCUUCAUCCUCGGACGACAGCUUCGUUCAUCAGACUCCUGACCAAACCUCCUCAGCCAUCGAAGAACGUUUUAAACACUACGAGUCCCUUGACUACAACAACGUUCCUGCAUACAUCGACGUUCCUGCGUCGAACAUCAGCAGCUCUGCCCAAGACACACUCACAACAAGCGACCAGGAGCUUACCAAGGAGGCAGAGGGUCUGAUGUGCAGCCUUUUUGAUGUGCCACAGGACAACGACACUGCGCUGCCUAAGCUUUGCCCAAGAAGCUCGUGGAAUUCCAUCAGCCGACACAGUGUGUUGCAAGUGGACCAUCAAGACUCCGGUGUGGGUGUCCUGAUUCACAGCCUCUACGCUCUCGCAGCUACAAGCAUUCCAAAGGAAGUCGACUGGCUUCUUUGGCGACGGGUUCUGGCUGCCUACAAGAGCGCCCGAGAUUCGCCCUUGGCUGCGGGCGGCAGUUCCACACAUCUGACUCCGCCGGGUGACGUAUUGGCCCAGCUUCGACGGGAGCAUGCAGACUCUCUUGGUACUCGCAGCGGAGUCCGUGUACCGGUACCAGCCGACUCGAUCAUACGUCGUGCGCUACUUGAUGAUGCCAACUGGCUGUCUGUGUCAAGCGGUGAGGCUCGCGCCCUUGACGCAGCGCUCGCCGAACUGCGGGCCAAGCUUACAUCUGUCCCCGACAAACUCAAGGCCAAGGCACAUCUAGCCAGGCAAACCAUGUACGACAUCAACACUCUGGUAGCGGUUUUACUUGGACAAGCAGCGGACAAACCAGGCCCAGCAAGCAAUCAUCUGGAGAACUGUGAGAAAGAUAUGCAUAAGAUCAAGUCACUCAUACCCCUCAUGCGCGGCGGGAAGAUGGCGAAGGAGAAAAUGCAGGCUGCUUUGGAGACCGCAGAAGGGGCAACCAGGCUCGCCGCAGCCCGCAAAGCAGAGGAAGAAAAUAAUCGCCAGCGCAGCAUCCAAGGCCUCAAGGCGAUGCAAGACGAGAUCCAGAAGAUUGAGCGAGAGCUCAAUACUGCCGGUGAGGAGGACUCUGAUGAGCAUCAAAACGACGAUAAGAUUGACCACAACGACUUGCCCGGCGAAGAUGACGAAGCUGACCUCAACGACUCGGCUGACAUAGACAGCGAUGACGAUGACGAACAACCAAGUCAUGAUGAAGAGCUAACUGAUGACGAGGAACCAAGCGAUGGUGAAGAGGAGAGGGACGAUGCGUAG